ACUAGAGCGGAACCGCACUUCGCUCCGUGCACAAGCGCCUGAAGACGAGUAGACGACCAUGUUCCGCAACAAGGUGCUCAUCCGCGCCGCCGCCGCCUUCUCGUCUUCCUCCCCCUCCCCGCUGCCUCCAUUUCUCCUCCGCCAGCUCUCGCUGUCCGCCGCGGUCCCCAUACCCGCGGUCGACCUCGAAAUCCUUUGCUGCAGGCUCUCCCGCCGCCACCGCCUCGCGUGCCUCCCCCAGCCUACUGCCGACGCCCUCCUCGUCUUCCAGAGAUGCCAGUCCCUCGAGGCGGCCGAGGCGGUCUCCGAGAUCGCGGCCGCGUUCCCUGGCGCCUCGGUGGAGGUGGGUGAAGAGGAGGCUCUGGUAUGCUCAGGUUCACUGGUCGCUGAAGCCGUUCGGUGUGAGCUGCGCUCCAUGAUGCUUGACCAUGGAUGGAGGUGUCUGGGAGAGAAUAUUUACGUGGACUCAAAGUUUGAUCAGAAUGAGGAGAGGACUGAUCUGUGCGCGGUGAAAGUGGAAGUUCGAUUAGGGAGAAAUGAUGAUUUUGAAUUUGUUGUCUCACCUGAUGCAUUUCGAUACACUAUGCAUAAGAUCUCUGAUGUUGCUAGUUCCAGUAUGUUGGAAACAUUUCGUCACAGCAAUGAAGUAGUUUUGGAUACGUCUAACUUUCUAACAGUCUGUACAACUCUUCCUGCGCUUCAGGAAGGCCAUGUGAUUGGAUAUAGCAAGAUGCUUCCCUCAGAACACUGCUUGGACAAGUUUAUGGAGCUUUGGUUGUUAAAGCAUGGGUUAGAUACAAACUGCAAUUAUCAUGUAGCAGUCAAACAUACUUAUGGAGCUUCACUGGAAACAAAAUGGUGGCCUUCUUCCUUAGUUCUCCAAGGUCCAGGGCUUCAACCAGCCUUAAAGUCUGUAAGAGUAUCUAAGGCAAUGUCUGCAUUGCAAUCCUUUGUAGAAUUAUUGAAAGCUUGGAGUUUCUUUGGCCAUAAUAAUCUAACCAUUAAGGAACAUAUUCUACUGAACUGCUCAUCAAUUCUGCCUGCUUGGGAUAAGGCUGCAAGUGACCUGACAACACACAGUUCAAGAACUGAUAAUAUUGAGAAUCUUGAUUUAGGUCAUACUAAUGAUAUGUCCAAACACCAAUCAUUUAUUCUAGACUUUCGCACCCCAAAACCUGCUGUCGUUUGUUCGUUGCAUGCAAAACUCUGGAGUACCAAAGUUCACAAGAUAGCUCAUUCUUUGGAUGACAAUGAAAAUCUCAGAGAAACAAGUCCUAUAAGGUUCAGUUUUCAAUCACAACAGCUUGCUACAAACAGUUCAUAUAAAUCACAAGUUACUCUGAUGAAGCCUUCAUUCAGCAGAAGUAAAUCAACAGAAAAAAGGAAAAGAUGUUCAUCAGAACAAUCUUAUACUGAUAAUUCAAAAAAAUCAAGUCAUCCUGAUGCUGUGGCAAAUCAUGCUAAUCAUGUUAGUUCAUCUAGUGCAAUUCUUCACAUGCCAGUCAUUCAGGUUUCUGAAAAUCGUGGAAGAAAGCAUGCAGAGUUACUGAAGACCAGUAGUCAAGGAGGUGAAGGAAUUGGAGAAGCCCAACAGGGUCAUUUAGAAACAAAGAAUUUGGACACAGGAAGGAAGAGUAAAUAUUACACACCAGGUAUCCAAGUGACAAAACCAACAACAGGCAUUGAAAAAGGUGUGCUUACCACGAAGGUAAUAAACCCAACGCUGAAGUCUGCUGUUCCCAAGGAUGACUUAAUUGCAGAAGCGAAGAGAAAGGGCAAGCGAGAUCUUGACAAGAAUGUGAUGACUGCUGCAACUAAACAUAAAACAAUGCCAGAAGUUGUCAAAACUGAGUUUGCUAUAAAGGUGAGAGAUGAUCAGAAUGAUGAGCCUAACAAAAAGGUAACAAAGAUUAAAGCAAAGGCAGUUGACAAGGAUAUCUUGAAUUCAACAACGAGGACAAAAACAAAGCCAGAUGUUGCCAGUGACGAGUUGAUAGCAAAGGUGAUCGAUCAUCAUAGCAGAGGUCAGCUGCGUUUACUGACAGUGAAUGAUCUGAAGUGCUUCCUCGGUGCAAAGAAAGCAAAAGUUGGAGGAACGAAGGAAGUGCUAAUACAAAGAGUGACUGAGCUCCUUGCUUGACAAAUGCAUUGCUAUCAAGAACAAGUUUCGACCUAACAUGCAUGUGAAGCUGUGCAAAGUACUCUUUUUCCCCCUUAAUUGUUGCAAUUUCGGGGCAGAGCCACAACCACUUCCUGAAACACUAAUGCUAGAACAAAAUAACAACUGGAACUUUUUUUAGGGAACACAACUAGAAUCGUUAGUGUAUUUUGAUACGUCAAUAGUUCAAUACCACUGUACCAGAAAGGCCUAAAGCCUGGCUGAAGGUAGUCAUAAAAAAGGUCAUUUCAUAUAUUGAUACCUAAGAUUUUAGGUAAUGUGGAUGAUGAGUGAAGGGAGAUAGAAAGAGGUUGUUGCCUCACAAGUCUGUGUGUGAAGACUAGUCCUCCAUUAUUAUGUUUGUCUCUGCCAUACAAUUCACAACAUUUGUUAUGGAUCUUACAUCUUAGCAGGUGUUAAGCAGCUAGUGGUUCUUCUUGGAA